CACUUGAACACGGCGCCUGUCGGGCUUGUGUCUGAUCUUGGGUGCCCAAUUUGCAACGGUGUUUGAUUGCCCGAUGCUCACUGUUCUCGCUGGGCAGUGUGUGCAUUCCACGGGUGCCGGAGUACUACUCUCCUCCACAUUCCUCACCGGCCUCUAUACAGACGGUCAUUCAAACCCGCUUGCAGAAUAUGACGUCGCCAAGCAGCACCGUUUGCCCCGCUCCAAGCCGGUGAAACAAAGGAGAAUGGAAACAAACAAAGAACACACGAAAAAGAAACGGGCCCCCCGAGCCCUGGUCUUGUGGAUGAGCCUCGAUAUGCCACCGUCAUCCUUUGUUUUGCCAGGGCUCUCUGGGCGCAGGCACGCGGGCUGAAAAAAAAGAAAAGACGCAAGUUGUGUUUUGCGAUGACUCAUGGAAAUGCGCCUGGGGGCCCGACACCCAGUAGCGCAAGUCUGUGGUGGAGCCUCCAUAUUCUGGCGUGUCUUCGUGGGGCCAAGGG